GGGGUCCCCGUGCCUCCCGGACUCCUCUCUGCUCACAGCGUCCCCGCAGCCUGACCCCAUUUCACCCUCCAGCCUUGGGGACCGGCCUCUCAGGUCCCGCCGCCCAGGUCCCAGCGCUCAGAAUGGAUAUGAACUAUGAGGACAUGGCCAUUUUCUUCUCUCAGGAGGAAUGGGGGCUCCUUGAUGAGGCUCAGAGACUUCUGUACUUUGAUGUGAUGCUGGAAGUGUUUGCACUUGUGUCAUCUGUAGGUUGUUGGCAUAAAAUCAACGGUGAUGAGGCCUGUUCUGCUCAGAGUGUACCUAUAAAAGGAGAGUCGCAGGUCAGGGCUUCUAAGACAGCUCCAGCCACCCAGAAGAUCCCUCUGUGUAAGCGGUGUUUCUCUGUGUUAAAAGGUAUUUUGCACCUGACUGGGUCACAUGCCGGAGACUUUGAGCUGAAAGCCUUCUGUAGUGACACAUGUGUUGGAGACUUCUGUUUCAGUGCAAACCUUCACCAGCAACAGAGGAAUGAAUGUGGAGAGGAGCCCUGGAAACAAGCUAUGGAUAGGGCCUCCUCAGUGAGUAGGUCCAAUUUAUUAUCGUUGGUGCCUUCCACCAGCAGGCAGGUUGGGGAAGACUUGCAGUACAACUCAGAGCUUCUCCAGCACCAGGCCAAGGAGCUACACUGUGGCAGUGAGAUUUCACAGCAAUUUCUUCAUGGAAAUAGUCACCACCAGUGGGGUGAAUGUGAAAACACUGCCAAACACAACCUGAAAGUUGUUCAACAUCAGGGUGUAUUUUCUGGAGAACUGAUUUAUGAGUUUAACAAAUGUAGGAAAGUGUUUAGAAAAAACUUGAAUGUCAUUCGACAUAAGAGAGUUCACACUGGAGAAAAACAGUAUGAAUGUAGUGAAUGUGGGAAAUUCUUCAGAGAAAGACCUGAACUCAUUAGACACCAGAGAGUUCACACUGCAGAGAAGCCAUAUGAGUGUAUGCAAUGUGGGAAGUCUUUUAGCCAAAAAUCCAACUUAACAAAGCACCUGAGAGUUCACAGUGGCGAAAAGCCAUAUGAGUGCUGUGAUUGUGGAAAGUGCUUCAGUGAUAAGGCUACCCUCAAACAACAUCGGAGAGUUCACACUGGAGAGAAGCCAUAUGAAUGUACUGAAUGUGGGAAGUCUUUUAGCCAAAAAUCCAACUUAACAAAGCACCUGAGAGUUCACAGUGGCGAAAAGCCAUAUGAGUGCUGUGAUUGUGGAAAGUGCUUCAGUGAUAAGGCUACCCUCAAACAACAUCGGAGAGUUCACACUGGAGAGAAGCCAUAUGAAUGUACUGAAUGUGGGAAGUCUUUUGUCCAUCAAUCUUGCCUUAUUAGGCACCUGAGAGUUCAUAGUGACGACAAGCCAUAUGAGUGCUCUGACUGUGGGAAGUCCUUCAAUGAUAAGUAUUAUCUCAAACAACACCAGAGAGUUCACACUGGAGAAAAGCCAUAUGAGUGCAGACAAUGUGGGGUGUCCUUUCGUCAAAGGGCUCACCUCAGAGAACAUCUCAGAGUUCACACUGCAGAGAAGCCAUAUGAGUGUACGGAAUGUGGGAAGUCUUUUAGCCAAAAAUCCUACUUUACAAAGCACCUGAGAGUUCACCAUGGCGACAAGCGAUAUGAAUGCUCUGAUUGUGGGAAGUCCUUCAAUGAUAAGUCUUAUCUCAAACAACACCAGAGAGUUCACACUGGAGAAAAGCCAUAUGAGUGCAGACAAUGUGGGGUGUCCUUUCGUCAAAGGGCUCACCUCAGAGAACAUCUCAGAGUUCACACUGGAGAGAAGCCAUAUGAAUGUACUGAAUGUGGGAAGUCUUUUAUCCAAAAAUCUUACCUUAUUAGGCACCUGAGAGUUCACAGUGACGACAAGCCAUAUGAGUGCUCUGACUGUGGGAAGUCCUUCAAUGAUAAGUCUUAUCUCAAACAACAUCAGAGAGUUCACACUGGAGAAAAGCCCUAUAAGUGUACAGAAUGUGGGGUGUCAUUUCGUCGAAGGGCUCCCCUCACUAGACAUCUCAGAGUUCACACUGGAGAGAAGCCAUUUGAAUGUACUGAAUGUGGGAAGUCUUUUAGCCAAAAAUGUCACCUUAUUAGGCACCUGAGAGUUCACAGUGACAACAAGCCAUAUUAGUGCUAUUGUGGAAAGUCCUUCAGUGAUAAGUCUAUCCUCAAAGAAUACCAGAGAAGUUCACACUGGAGAAAAGGCCUAUAGAUAUAGAGAAUGUGGGAUGUCCUUUCCUUGAAGGGCUCAGCACACUAGCCACCACAGAGUUCACACUGGAGAGAAGUGUUAAAUGUGCAGGGAAUGUUUUUUUUUUCUCACUUAGUAUAACAACACUGAAGGUGACUCUUUGGGACUGUUUUUUCUGAAUUUAAACCCAUUUUAAUGGAACAUGCACUCUGAUGUAUUCCUCAUCAGUUUCAGGUACAAGUGAGGCUUGAAGGAGCUGCAUUGUACUUGAUAACAUGCCCAGACCUGCUAACCGAUUGAUGUCACAGCGAGCAUUUGUGGCUGUAGAUAUUUCACUUAUACCACCUGGCUCACCUGAAGAGUGUGCAUCAGUCACAAACCCUGUGUGCUCAGGGGAAAUGUAUUCUGUGUUCCCACUUGUGCUUGAGAACAUUAUAAUUACUUCAAGCUCUUGACAGGAUCUUCCUUCCUUUCUGACUAGAGAAUGCAUCUGACCCAGGGUUUGUCCAGAGCACCCAUCCUCAGCUAAGGAGUGCUACCACUUUCAGAGACAUUGUGAGUCUCACGUUAUGCUUUUAUGAAUUGUUUUAAUUUCUAAUUCACCAACCUGCAAAUUGCUUACUGCCCUCUGUUCUGGUUUAUGAUCUUUAGUAAACAUGUUUUUUCUUUUGUAGCUCUUAUUUAUUUUAAAUUUCACUCUCUGGAUGAUUUGAUACAAAAGUUGUGAUCUAUCAUCAUGUUGAUAUGAACACAUAUGGUGGGGUCCCAAACUUUCUGUGCUUUGGAAAGCUAUAAUAAUGUCAGAAAAAUCACUCUUUGUCCAAUAAUGGCUUAUUUUAUACCACUGACGAAGGCAAUGAAAGAAAGUUUUUAUAACUUUUGGUUCCAGUUUUCAGCCUGGUGCCUCUAAUGUUGGUGAGGUCAGUGGUCCCCCAGAAGAGGAGUCCUUUUUUGUGCUUCUGUCAUUGUUCUCACAUUAUCCUCUGAUGAGUCUUUUUAGGUUCUAAUUCACCAACUUACAAACUGCUUGCCAUCCUCUGUUCUGGUUUAUGAUCUUUUAGUAAAGGUGUUUUUUGCUUUUGUACCUCUAAUUUUGUGGGUUAUAUUCAUUGCCUGGGAUAAUUUGAAAGGAUAGUUGUGAACUGUCAAACGCAGUAGGGAACAGAUAUGGUAGGGUCCCAAACUUUCUGUGCUUUGGAAGGCACAUAAUAAUGACAAAAAAUCACUCUUUGUCUUAUAUUGGUUGAUUUUCUAUUGCUAACCAAGCCCUGUAACAAAAAUCUGCAUGGCUUUUUUUUUCUAAUUUUUUAGCCUGGUGCCUGUAUUAUUGGUGAGGUCAAUGAUCACGUGGAAGAAGAGUCCUUUGUUGUGCUUCUGUGAACAAUAUGAAUUAUAUUCUCUGUUCAUAGUAUGUCUUACAUACUGCACAGGAGCCCUGAGCCAUGAUGUGUGAAAUAUCAUAGGCUGGUUUCAUUUGUAACACUGUGAAGUCCAACUAAUAUUGGGACAGACACUGUUUUCAUAGUGAGUGGAAGAGAUGGCAGUAUAUUGGAUGAAAAUUGCCUCUUCUGAACAUUAUCCAUAAAUGACUCAGUCCUGAAGCUUGUUUGUUCUUUUUGUAGCUGAAGUGAUUGGUUGUGAAAAGAAUCUCAUGGUUUUAGGGAUUCCCUGGGCCCCGCUGUGGUGUUCACCUCAAGGUUAUCACAAGAGGAAAAACUCAAAGCUAAAGGAAGGAUAAUCGUAUAAUUAGUCCGAGGUUGUGUGUUUUGUGACAAUUCAGCAUUCCUGAUCAAUCUGAUGGCAGUAGCCUUCCCUUCUGGACAGUAUUUGCUGCCACAGAGGCAACAAUGAUUCUCUCAGGAAAUGAGGAGAGAGAUGGUCAUGUGUAUAUAGAGUUGCCAUCUUAAUUUUCUAAGAAGAGAGGAAUAGCUAUGUUUUUAUUUGGAACCACAAUUAAGGCUUUUUCUACUAGGUGUACUGGGUAAUAAUGGUGGAUUUUGUAAUCAAAGAAAACACGAAAAUUUCAAGAGAAAUAUCAAAAGUGUAUGAAUUUCAUCAGCCUUUAGUUUUAUAUAUUUUAAAAUGUAUUUUUAUUGAUUUUUAGAGAGAAGGGUAAAGGGAGAGAAACAUCAAUCUCCUGUCUCCUGCAUGCCUGUUACUGCAGAUCCACGCGGGCAUAUGCCCUGAUCUGGAAUCAAACCAAUGACCUUUCAGUGAAUGUGAUCAUGCCCAACAAUAUAAGACACAGUAGUCACAAGAGUUUAUACUGUUAUUAUUUAUUUACCGUUGUAUUAUUUUCAAUACUAACAACUCUAACCUAGUUUUACAAACCCUGUAUUUAUUUCUUUCCCUUUUAUUCUCUUCUGGAUUCUCUACCCUCCAUAUAGCCAUUGAUUUACGUCCUCUUAUAAUAGAUUAGUUCAUAUUUUUCAUAAUUUUAUAGGCACUAUAAGGUGUAUAGUUUUUAACAAACUAUGACUUCUUUCUUGCUACACAGGUAUUUUUAGAAUCAACAGUACUGUUUAUGUAAAUAGUUACUUUUUUAUUGGUAAUAAUAUUGUAUUCUAUGGAUAACCACUCUAUCCAUUGAUCUGUCAAUGGUUUCGGUUAUUUCCAAAUUUGGGGUUUUAUAAAUAAAACUGCUGGGAAUAUUGCA